GGACAGUGAGAAGAACCACGCAUAGAGGCUGCAGUAGGCCAGCCUGGCUUGGGACCAAGUCUGUGAGGGCUGGACCCUCGGUUUUCCCUUCCAUGGCAGGACUCACCUGGAUCCCUGAUGCCACCCUUGGAGGAGUUAGGCGGAAUCCUGGAUGAGAAAGGUCACCCUCAGGAUGACUGCCCCAGGGAACGGCUUCCUGCUUUCUGGAGGAAGGGAGGGGUGGACAGUAGGUGUGUCCUGCUCCGGUGUCUGGGCAGGAGAGUUUGUGAAGCCGACCAGACACCUGUGACUCCUAUUUCCUAGGUGGCCCGAGGCAGCCGCAAUGACAGGUCUCGCCAGAAAUCCUGCUGCCUGCUGAGAAUCAUGGUCAGCAAGUCCCGCUGGAAACUCCUGGCCAUGUUGGCUCUGGUCCUGGUCGUCAUGGUGUUGUAUUCCAUCUCCCGGGAAGAGAGGUACAUCGAGCUUUUUUAUUUUCCCAUCCCAGAGAAGAAGGAGCCGUGCCUCCAGGGUGAGGCAGAGAGGAAGGCCUCUAAGCUCUUUGGCAACUACUCCCGGGAUCAGCCCAUCUUCCUGCAGCUUAAGGAUUAUUUCUGGGUCAAGACGCCAUCUGCUUACAAGCUGCCCUAUGGGACCAAGGGGACUGAGGACCUGCUCCUCCGGGUGCUAGCCAUCACCAGUUCCUCUAUCCCCGAGAACAUCCAGAGCCUCAGGUGCCGCCGCUGCGUGGUCGUGGGGAACGGGCACCGGCUGCGGAACAGCUCACUAGGAGAUGCCAUCAACAAGUACGAUGUGGUCAUCAGAUUGAACAAUGCCCCAGUGGCUGGCUAUGAGGGUGACGUGGGCUCCAAGACCACCAUGCGUCUCUUCUACCCUGAAUCUGCCCACUUCGACCCCAAAGUAGAAAACAACCCAGACACACUCCUCGUCCUGGUGGCUUUCAAGGCAAUGGACUUCCACUGGAUUGAGACCAUCCUGAGUGAUAAGAAGCGGGUGCGAAAGGGUUUCUGGAAACAGCCUCCCCUCAUCUGGGAUGUCAACCCUAAACAGAUUCGGAUUCUCAACCCCUUCUUCAUGGAGAUUGCAGCUGACAAACUGCUGAGCCUGCCAAUGCAACAGCCACGGAAGCAGGUGAUGCUGGGAAGUCGGGUCCGAAGGCUAGGGUCCUGGGUGGGAUGUAGGAGGGACAUUCCUAUGGGCUUAGGAAGCCGUGGAAGGACCCCAUAACAGAGGCAGUGGUUU